CAAAGACAAAGGCAUACCCUUGACUGUCGUAAUCACAAGGCUCAGCGAAUUCUCGCGCGAUGUGACGACGCCGCUGCCGUGAUGUCACCGGUUGCCAUAGCAGCAUCCCUCCCGAGUGGAAAAGAGGGGCGGAUUGGGGCGGAGCGCGGCUUCUGCGGAGGACAAGGGACGCUCUCCUCCUGCAGGUUUGCCUUCUACCAAAAUGAGCGGCCUGGAUGAGGGCAGCAAUCUUUCUGUCGCUAAAGACUGCGGCCUAGCUACUGGCGACCAUGCCCCGGGACAUCCGGACCUAAACCAGAGCCAGGGCGAGGAAACCGAGGCGACGCCGGUGAUGGCGGACACAGGUGAGGGCGGCUUGGAGACCGCCGCGGAGGGAGGCGCACCCCAGAACCCCGCUAGUUGUGCGCCGGUGCUCCGCGUUCGAGUUUUUGGGAGUCGCGGCCGUGUAGCGACCAGAACGGGCCAGAAAGAGGUUCUGCUUCCCACGGAAGGUUUGGCAGCAGCCCCUGCCUCAGCCUCCGCUGCGGUGGCGACCGACAAUAGCCAGGAAAAUGGCUGUCAGCGUAGAGAGCCGCAGGGCCCUGCUGGGGAGAAAGCUCUAGAAGCCUGUGGCGCAGGGGGGUUGGGGUCUCAGAUGACGCCUGGGGCGAAGGCCAAGGAAAUGACAAAAAAGUGCGCCGUUUCAGCGGCUGCGGAAAAGGAGGGAGGAGCAGAGGAGGUGGUGGAGGAGAAGAAGGUGAUGCAGAAGGAAAAAAAGGUGGUAGGAGGAAUGAAAGAGGAGACACGGGGCAAGGCCCCGAAGAUCAAUAACUGUAUGGAUUCGCUGGAGGCCAUCGAUCAGGAGCUGUCAAAUGUCAAUGCCCAGGCUGACAGGGCCUUCCUUCAGCUGGAGCGCAAGUUUGGCCGCAUGCGAAGGCUUCAUAUGCAGCGCAGAAGUUUCAUUAUCCAAAAUAUCCCAGGUUUCUGGGUCACUGCCUUUCGGAACCACCCCCAGCUGUCACCUAUGAUCAGUGGCCAAGAUGAAGACAUGAUGAGGUACAUGAUCAAUUUGGAGGUGGAGGAGCUCAAACACCCCAGAGCAGGCUGCAAAUUCAAGUUCAUCUUUCAGAGCAACCCCUACUUCCGAAAUGAGGGGCUCGUCAAAGAAUAUGAGCGCAGAUCCUCUGGCAGGGUGGUGUCUCUUUCCACUCCAAUCCGCUGGCACAGGGGCCAAGACCCCCAGUCCCAUAUCCACAGGAACCGGGAAGGAAACACUAUCCCUAGUUUCUUUAACUGGUUCUCAGACCACAGCCUUCUAGAAUUCGACAGGAUUGCGGAGAUUAUCAAAGCAGAACUGUGGCCCAAUCCCCUACAAUACUACCUGAUGGGUGAAGGGCCUCGCCGUGGAAUUCGAGACCCAGCAAGGCAGCCAGUGGAGAGCCCCAGGUCCUUCAGGUUCCAGUCUGGCUAACUGAUGACCUUGUGAGAAGCUCCUGCACAAGUCUCCUCACCACAUCCCCUUGAACCUAUGCUUAGCCAACAGCAUGCAGUCUUCUAUCUGCUUUCUCUUCAUACUGGAGUAUUUUAUUCUUUGGUUCUUCCAAAUCUUCAACAAUCAGUUGCAAGGUUGACUCUUAUACGCUUGUGUUCUUCUUCCUCUGGACCUUCAUGCUCUUCUGUAUCCUGUUACAUGUUCCAAGUGCAUGGCCUUGCACUGCUUCUAUGCCAAGCACAUGAUGCUGUAGAUAGAUAGGCACUGCCUUCCUUUGCAUGCCUUGGGCCCUGUCUGUGACCAUGGUCUUCUCCCAGAUUUUUAAGUGGUUAUCUACCACAAAGAAGCUUGAAAUACCUUUGCAAAUAACUAGCUGGGCUUCAUACUUAAUGCUGACUGUCCUCCUGAUACCCAUGUACUGUAUGUCAAGUUCUUUGAAUUUCACUGCUGCAAGAUGAAGCUGAUCUAGAUGAUGCCAGCCGUCAACCCAAACUGGACAUUCUGGCUACCACUGACUGGUUCCUAGCUGCCUUCCUGGCCUGUGCCAUCCACCCAGCUGGUUAUCUGGCAGAAUAAGGUGGCUGGUGGGGGCUGCUAGGCAUGAAUGAGGUAACAGAUGAGAGGUGUUCAGUGUUACUGCAUUGGUCUUCUUUUGCCUUUGGGCACUCUGCUUUGUGAACAGAGUCACAGCUUGAGCCUUGGAUAUCUGAUUUGCGUCAGAGAUACUGUCUGGUUUGACAAUCUCCAGAAAUCUGAGUACAAUCUACCCCCCCAAUGCAAGGCUAAACUCAACGCCCAAGAUCAAGAGUCUUCUGCUCUACCAACUGUGAGCCAGCCAGAGACCAACAAGAGAUACCUUUUUGAAUUCACCCUAUGUGGACUGGACCAUGCCCAAGGAUUUUCAUGGGUAGCACAGUGGGUAGCAGAAAAGAUCUGUUAAGAAAUCUGGGCAUUUUAUAACCAGGUGAGAUCAGAUGACUCUUCUAUUAAAACAAGGAUCUCCAGACUGGGGAUUCAACAAGAGGGAAAGAAUGGCAUCUCUGUUACAGGAAAGUCAUUUCUGGUGCUCUUUGGAAGAAAAGAGAAAGGCAGACAAAUCCUGAAUUCUUAUUUACCACAACAAUAUUCUAUUAAACUCUGUGUAUUAAAUACACAUCACAUCAACCAUAUUAUCUAGCAAUUAAAUGAAGUGAGCCAAAAUGAACAAAUAUUCUUGAACAGUAAGUUCAACGUAAAAUAUAACAGAAACAGAAAAACUCUGGAUCUUUUUUUUUUAAAAGGUAUUAGCAGGAUAACAUGUAUAUAUAGAUUCUAUCCUCAACACGUCUGAAGCCAUGGCCAUCAGUAUUUUUCUCCCAGCCAUUUUUCUUACUUGAAAAAUAAGGUAAAUUACACAGUCGUAUCCAAUUUUACUGAAUAUGUUACUGAAAUAAUCAAUUUCAAGUUUUCUGUGAGAUAGAACUUCUUUAUGAGAAUGUGAACAUAGCAGAGUGCUAACUUAGAGACUAACACUUUGCUUUCUAAGGAAGUAUCCCAGACAUCAAAAUCAACAAUUGAAUAUGACACAUCAACUCUCUCCUCCCUUCACCACAAAAAAUCGGUACAUGUUUAACUUUGUUUGACUACUGUUAAGUCCUUCUUAAUAUUUUCUCCUGAGAAAAGGUAGAAGACAAAAGCCCAGUGCCAAGUUCUUUUCCAGGGGGCUGUGGAAGAAAGCUUUUGGCAAAUGAAAACGGGAGAUGCACUAAUGUUAAUACUGCUUCUUUAAGGAGAGGUAAUUACUCCCAGAAGAUGGAGAGGGGGUUAUUUUCUCAUUCUUCGGAGAAAUAUUUAAAUCCUAGAAUAAUGAAGAUUCACUUUACUUUGACUUUCUUACUAUUUCAUAACCAUAUCUCAUUGAACCAGUUUUUAUCCACGUACUAUUGCAAUAAUUCAUCGGCUUCCAUUAUCACAUUACUUUGUUCUCUCACUAUAAAUCUGAAUCACUUUGAAAUAAAGGAAGAAUGAAAUAGAAAAACUGAAAAUAAUAGUUCAAUUCUGGGCUAGCCCUUUCAAGUUACAAGUUCCAUGUCUUUUACAGGAAAAUUGUUUGUAAAAGGAAGAAAUAUAUUUAGGUUAUCUUUCUUUAAUCUUAUGUGUGUAAGCAUGGAACAAAAUGAAAAUUAAGCUAUUCUUUUGAAA